GCGGAUCCGGCCCGCGGCCAUGCGCCAGCACAGCAGCGCUGAGCGGCCGAGCGGCGGGGCUGCACCGCCGCCGCGUCCCGCGGUAGCGGCGUGAAGCGGCGUGAGGAUGAAGCGGGCGAGGCGGGCCGCGCCGGGCCCCCUGCCCGUGCUGGGGCUGCUGCUGCUGGGCGCCCUGCCGGGGCUCUGGACGGUGCUGCUGCGGCGGGAGGCGGCGGCGCCGCCGGAGCCGCGCCCGCCCGCCGGGCAGUCCCCGGGGCGAUGGGGCUGGGGGCGCUCCCCGGCGGCGCGGGGCGAGUCCGGCGCCGGCGGGCAGAAAACUUUCCGGACACUGCUGGCGGUGCCGGCGGCGGCGACGGACCGGGAGGAGCGGGACGGUGAGGAGCGGCUCGCUGUGACCGACUCGCAGCCGCCGGCCGACACCGCCUCUCCGGUGGAGCGGGGCAUCUUCUGGAGCCGUGAGCUGGAGGAGCAGGUGCCGCCGGGCUUCGCGGCGGAGGAGGCGGCGGCGUGGCUGUCGGCCGCCCGCGCAGCCCGCGUGGCCUCGCUGGAGCGGGGCGGCUGCGGGCGCAGCUCCAACCGGCUGGCGCGGCUGUCGGACGGGAGCCGCGCCUGCGUCCGCUACGGCAUCAACCCGGAGCAGAUCCAGGGCGAGGCGCUCUCGUAUCACCUGGCCGGGGUGCUGGGCAUGCAGGAGCGGCUGCCGCCCAUGGCCCUCGCCCUGGUGGAAGCCCGCGGCCGGCAGUGGGAGCCGGUGCGCGAGGAGCUGCGCGGCUCGCACUGGGCCGAGGGCGCCGUGGUCAGCCUGACCCGCUGGGUGGACAAUCUCACCGCCGUGGUGGCUCCCAAGCCCUGGGGCGCCGAGGCGGGCGCCGGCCGGCGGCUGCAGCCGCUGUCGGCGGGGGAGCUGGACGGGCUGUCGCCGUCGCAGCUGGUGGAGCUGGUGCAGUGGAGCGAUUUGAUCCUCUUCGACUACCUGACGGCCAACUUCGACCGCCUGGUCAGCAACCUCUUCAGCCUGCAGUGGGACCCGCGGGUGAUGCGCCGCGCCACCAGCAACCUGCUCCGCGCCCCCGACGGCGGGCUCGUCUUCAUGGACAACGAGGCGGGGCUGGUGCACGGCUACCGCCUCCUCGCCAUGUGGGACCCCUACAACGAGCCGCUGCUCCGCUCCGUGUGCGUGUUCCGCGAGGGCACGGCCCGCCGGGUGGCCGAGCUGCACCGCCGCCGCAGCGCUGCCGCCGAGCUGCGCCGCCGCUACCGGGCGCGGGAGCCGCUCUGGGCGCGCCUCGGCUUCCUCUCCGAGCGGCAGGCCGAGCUGCUGCAGGCCCGCGUGGAUUUCGUGCACCGCCACAUCGCCCACUGCCGCGCCCAGGCCGCCGUGCUCUGAGCCCCCGGGGCCGCAGCGCUCCGGCUUUGCUCUGCUCCCGGGCAGCGCCGCUGACUUGCCGCGGGCUGGGCCGGAGCUGACCCAGCCUGACACUUCGGUGCCCCGUGGUCGCUGCGACUGCCGGGGACGGGGGAGAUAAUGGGCUACCUGCCUGCCGGGGCUGUCGAGAGAGGAGCGAUUAAUUCGCUUUGUCAAGAACUCUGAAGAUGCAGAACGCAAUCGCUGUAAUUACGGCCCAGUUCCACUCCAGGACUCUGUCCCCAGAGUUGGAAAAAUGAGAGGGUUCAGCAUCUUCAGUGCUUUCCCUUAAUUCUCUUCAUGCACUCGCUCUCAUGAGAGACCCCGUAGGAAAGCAGUUGUCUUUUGUCUGGAUUGGGGUCGAGUAACUUGUUUCCUUCCAACGAAGGCAGGCGGAAAAUUUUUUUAUAUAUUUUUCCUUUUGCAACGGCAUAUUUAAGUAUGAAUGUUGAUGUUCAUAGACCAAGAACUGAUUGCACAAUAGGGGACCCCCUAACUAGUGAAACAGCCCUAUUUAUGAAACUUGUUUCCUACCAGUUUUCUUUAACGAGAGUGAACCUUUCCACUGAUUGUUAAAUCUUGUUGAUGAAAAGUGUAUAGGAAGCCCAUAUUCUUAGGUUUUUUGUGGGUUCAUUGGGUUAAACUGUUCUGAUUCUUAAGGGUUUGUUUGUAAUCAUCAUAAUUUCAUCUUACCUGUAAAGUAAUUGACUAAUGGGUGGCAUAGGAAGAUCUCCCAUUUUUAAAAAAUAUUGCUACGUGCUAAGACUUUGACACAAUAGUUAAAGUGGAGGAGAAACUGUUUCAUGCACUUUACUUUGACUUUUAAAUUUUUUUAUAGAAGACCUUUUUAUUUUACAAAGUCUGCCUUUUAUGUACAUUAUAUAUGUUCAUAAACUUUUCUGUAACAUACUAAAGAAACUGAUAUUUCAGUAAAGUGUGUUAAUGUUUUUCCUUCUGUG